AUGGCCCCCAAACGCCAGUCUUCCCUGCUAGCUCAAUUGAAGAAACAGCGACUGCUUCCUGCCCCCAAGUCAGAGAGGAAGUCAACCCCUCAGAUAUUGCCAAAGGGAGAAAAAGAACAGCAAGAAGCAAUUGAACAUAUUGAUGAAGUACAAAAUGAAAUAGACAGACUUAAUGAACAAGCCAGUGAGGAGAUUUUGAAAGUUGAACAGAAAUAUAACAAACUCUGCCAACCAUUUUUUCAGAACAGGUCAGAAUUAAUCGCCAAAAUCCCAAAUUUUGGAGCAACAACGUUUGUCAACCAUCCACAAGUGUCUGCACUGCUUGGGGAAGAAGAUGAAAAGGCGCUGCAUAAUUUGACAAGAGUUGAAGUGACAGAAUUUGAAGAUACCAAAUCAGGUUACAGAAUAGAUUUUUAUUUUGAUGAAAAUCCUUACUUUGAAAAUAAAGUUCUCUCCAAAGAAUUUCAUCUGAAUGAGAGUGGUGAUCCAUCUUCAAAGUUCACUGAAAUCAAAUGGAAAUCUGGAAAGAAUUUGACAAAACGUUCAAGUCAAACACAGAAUAAAGCCAGCAGGUAGAGACAGCAUGAGGAAGCAGAGAGCUUCUUUACCUGGUUUACUGACCAUUCUGAUGCAGGUGCAGAUGAAUUAGGAGAAGUCAUCAAAGAUGACAUUUGGCCAAAUCCAUUGCAGUACUACUUGGUUCCUGACAUGGAUGAUGAAGAAGGGGAAGGAGAGGAAGAUGAUGAUGAUGAGGAGGAGGAGGAGGAAGGGUUGGAAGAUAUUGAUGAAGAAGGUGAUGAGGAUGAAGGUGAAGAAGAUGAAGAUGAUGAUGAGGGAAAGGAAGGAGAGGAAGAUGAAGGAGAAGAUGACUAA